CAGAUUUCGCCGCUCUAGCGGAACAUUUUUGUAUUAGUCCUUUUUUAGUCGUGUUUACGAAAGGUGAAUGGUUCAUCGGUAAACUCGAAAUAAAUCCUAGCCAUGGUGCGUAUGAACGUUUUGAGCGAUGCUCUUAAAUCUAUAAACAAUGCAGAAAAACGUGGUAAAAGACAAGUACUCAUUCGUCCCUCGUCAAAGGUGGUAGUUAAGUUUUUAACAGUAAUGAUGAAGCAUGGAUACAUUGGUGAAUUUGAAAUUGUGGAUGAUCACAGGAGUGGAAAGAUUGUAGUAAAUUUGACUGGAAGGUUAAAUAAAUGUGGAGUAAUAUCACCUAGAUUCGAUGUUCCAAUUAGGCAUAUUGAGAAAUGGACAAAUAACUUGUUACCUUCACGUCAGUUUGGGUAUGUUGUACUGACGACCAGUGGAGGUAUCAUGGACCACGAAGAGGCAAGAAGGAAACAUCUUGGAGGAAAAAUUCUUGGAUUUUUCUUCUAAUUAUAGUUAAUAAAAUUUGUUUAAAAAACUAUUUUUUCUUUAUAUUUAAACCCUUUGAAGCCCCUUGGUCAUUAUUUAUCAAUUGAACU